GAAAACUGUGUGGUCACAGAUGAAUGAAGAGAAGAGGAACCUUUCCCUGGGGGGCCAUGUUGGCUUCGACAGUCUCCCCGACCAGCUGGUCAGCAAGUCUGUCACACAAGGCUUCAGCUUCAACAUCCUCUGCGUGGGUGAGACCGGCAUUGGGAAAUCCACACUAAUGAACACCCUCUUCAACACCACGUUUGAGACGGAGGAAGCCAGUCACUACGAGAGCGCGGUUCGCUUGCGGCCGCGGACCUACGACCUGCAGGAGAGCAACGUCCACCUGAAGCUAACGAUUGUGGAUGCGGUUGGAUUUGGGGAUCAGAUAAAUAAAGAUGAAAGUUACAGGCCGAUUGUUGAGUACAUUGAUACGCAGUUUGAAAACUAUUUGCAAGAAGAGCUGAAAAUCCGCCGAUCUCUCUUCAACUAUCACGACACGAGGAUUCACGUCUGCCUGUACUUCAUCACCCCAACCGGGCACUCGCUCAAGUCCUUGGACCUAGUGACAAUGAAGAAGCUGGAUAGCAAGGUGAACAUCAUCCCGAUCAUUGCCAAAGCAGACACCAUCUCCAAGAGUGAGUUGCACAAGUUCAAGAUCAAGAUAAUGAGUGAGCUGGUCAGCAAUGGGGUACAGAUCUAUCAGUUCCCCACAGACGACGAAGCGGUCGCCGAGAUCAACUCAGCGAUGAACGCCCAUCUGCCCUUCGCUGUGGUCGGCAGCACGGAGGAGGUGAAAGUCGGGAACAAGCUGGUGAGGGCUCGGCAGUACCCGUGGGGAGUGGUGCAAGUUGAGAACGAAAGUCACUGUGACUUUGUGAAACUGCGGGAAAUGCUGAUUCGAGUCAACAUGGAGGAUCUUCGGGAGCAGACUCACACCCGCCACUACGAGCUGUACAGGAGGUGCAAACUGGAAGAGAUGGGCUUCAAGGACACGGACCCAGACAGCCAGCCCUUCAGCCUCCAAGAAACAUAUGAGACCAAAAGGAAAGAGUUCUUGGGUGAGCUCCAGAAGAAAGAGGAAGAAAUGAGACAAAUGUUUGUUAACAAAGUCAAGGAGACGGAGGCAGAGCUGAAAGAGAAGGAGAGAGAGCUGCAUGAGAAAUUUGAGCACUUAAAAAGGAUACACCAGGAGGAGAAAAGGAAGGUGGAGGAGAAGAGGAGGGAGCUGGAGGAAGAGAUGAACACCUUCAACAGGAGGAAAGUAGCGGUGGAAACCUUGCAGUCCCAAUCCUUGCAGGCUACCUCACAGCAGCCACUGAAGAAGGACAAAGACAAGAAAAAUUAAUCACACACAGACUUUCAGGCCAAGAGUGGACUUGGUGCUUUCAUGUGUUAAGUUGCUUGAGUUUCCCACCCCGUGACCUUUCUCAUAACAUUGUGUGAGUGGACCAAAGUGAAAGAGAAAAUGAGCAUCUUCGGUGGUUGCAGUGUAACGACUCGCUGUUACCUGUUACAGAAUUUAUCAGGAGGUUUUAAGGAAGUAACCUUACCACCUACAUUUUGUUAAACAAAGUCAACUAAUCCCUAAAUUAAGAUGUUUUAUUCUAAACCCAGUGAUUGAGCAGCCGUGUUUAACUCUUUGUCUGAACUUACCCACCAGCUAAAUAAUUGCUUUCUGGAUUCACUUGGUUUUUAAUUGGCUAAGGUGACUGCUUGAGGCUCAUCUCCCUUCCCCUGUACAUGCACAGAUGUGAGGAGUGGUAUGAAGAAUGAUGAAAUGUUUAUUUUUCUAACAAAGUUCUCGAUUGGAAUAAGUUUUUAGCAUGGGUGGAAAACACAGUACUUAGACUUUCUGCCCUGGGAAUCUUAGUCAGAGUAACCCUCAUUCCAGUAAUUAUAUAUUUUAAUCCUGAAUUACUCUAAAAACUUUCUACAUCAUUUAUAAUAUAUAUAUAUAUAUAUAUAUAAAGAGAGAGAGAGCGGUUAAUAAAAUUCAUAGGACAAUGUUUUGAAUUUUCUUUACUGCUAAAGUAGAACGUUUAUAUAGAAAGAUUUUUCGUAAGAGUUUGUUGUAUAAUGUGGAACUACAGGAUUUGUGUAACUUUUCGGUUGUCAUUUACCAAUGUAUUUUGCUGUUGUGGAAAAACUAUUUAAGUUGUCAUCGUCACUUUCGCUCUUUAACCUUAAACUUACGAUGUGCCUAAUAAGGAGAAUCCCCCAGACUUGAGCUAUGCACCGUAUUUAUGCUGACAGGCUCUGUUCCUCCUAGAAGGUGCUUCCUUCGACACUCCUCAUGCCUAGAAAUCACAGCCCUUCUUCUCCGAGAGGAAUAAUUAGGAUCAAUACUCUUUUUUUUUUUUUUUUUUUUUCGGACCGUUUUGUGAUAAGGCAGGAUGAUAAUCGAGUAGAGACUUCCUAGCUAUGUUGUCAUGGAAAAACAGUUGGACCCAAUUCCAUCCAUCCCUCCGUCGGAUAAUAGGCUAAAAGAAAACAAAUAUAUUAACCCUGCGCAUAGUGUCUUUAGAGUUUAUAAAAACACUGGCUGGCUAAGUGUUAGUUCCGAGUGUGCGCAAUUUCACUUAGUUAUUAACGUUACAAGAUUUUUCUUUUUUUUUUUUUCCUUAAAGACUUGUCUUUAAGCUAAGCUGUCAGCAGAUCACUUGCAGGUGGAGGUGACGCCCCCCGUCCGAGUCACAGGGCCCUUUGAGGGCGGCGUUUUGCGGGAUUGUAAAAUGAGGUCCUUAAAUCUGCAUAUCCCGUUAAAGCAGCUUUUAAUUUUUUUUUUUUUUUUUUCUUUCUAAGUACAUGCUCAGGUGUUAAACUGUUUUCGUAUGGACAUUGGCCUUUUAUGUGGGUAUACUGAAAAUCGUGUCAGUGUUACUUGAUGCUUGUGAGAAGGAACCUCACGCAGCUCUCACAGGUACCUUUUAGAACGGGCCGUUUUGCACAGAGUAAAAAUGAUGCACGCUGAACAUUAAUUUCUAAGGCUGUGCCUCCAGGUUAGAUGUAUUUUAAAGAGUCACUGUCAAACGUUAGGGGGGUUAAUGUGUUUUUCUCAGAAAAAACAUGCAGGGAACCCAACCUAUUGUUACGAGCAGGAAGGCAAUUCCAGCUCACCACUGACUGCAGUCUAAUCAUGUAGCAAAUUAGGGGCGGGAUUUUGAUUUUUGCUAAUGAGAGAAACUCUGGUGCACUAAUUGCCUGAGGAAGCAGCGCUAUUUGGUUCAUUGUUUUGCUUCUCAAGGCUGGAAUAAAGCACUAACUGGUGAUACUGGGUGUGCGAGGAGCUGCCUCGGCAUCGCUUUUCCAGUCCAUAGUUUUCUCGUGAUCUCGUGCUGCAGCCAGCAAGAUCUAUGCAAAUGAUUUCUGUCAGCCCUGGCUCAUCAGAGAUCAGUUCUUUUUUCCUAGAAUAACAGGUAGGUCGGAACAAUGAUGAGAACAAUGAAAGAGUAAAAACCAUCAAAUCCAUGGGCAUUGCGGAGAAAUUUCCAGCUUUUUCUGAUGAAGACAUUCAGAAUGUAUGUAACAGUAUUUUAAUGAUGAUGAUUAUUAUAUUCCAUUGACUUUAUGUUGUGACAGACUUACCUUUUCCUUGUAGUCACUUGUUCGUUAGAGCAGUCAACAUCAUAAACUCCCCAGUGGGACUCGGUCAUUUUUUUUUUCUCUGUUACUUGAUUUUUUCCUUUUGGCUGAAACAAAAUUUACGUCUGUGCUAUGUAGGGUAGUUCUGUAUCUUAUUUUUAUUUAACAAGUUACAAAUACAUGUUGAUGCUAAUCUCACUCCAGUCCGAAGAUUUACAUCUUGUAGGCUAGAAGAAGUGAAAGAAAAACUGUUCAGAAAUGACUGAAACUGUUCAGUUACGCAUCUUUUGGCUGUUUUAUACGUUUAUCUGUAAAAGGUUGGUAUUAAUGGGAAAAACUAUCUUUUUUUUUUUUUUUAUCAUUU